GUUUGAUUUGAGUGAACUUCCUCCACAGAAAGUGGAGAUGCAACAUAUCAUGCUCUACACGAAGCAUCAGACGCUAGACCCCAGUGACUUCUCCCUACUAUGGGAUCGUGAUGGGAGGAACAGGAGGAGAGCCCUCCCUCUCCUCCUCCUCUGUAUUCAAACCUGGAUCUGACCUGAGUUCCAGUCUCACAUCUCAACAUGUAUCUUCUCCUGGUGAUCGUGGGAGCCGGGCUUCUCUCUCCAGCCCAGAGCCUCAGCUGCUACUACUGCUCGCUGGGGGGCUCGUCCAUCUGCAUGAGCAUGACCCGAGAGUGCCCCUCUCCACGCCACCAGUGCGCCGCCGUGAUCAAGCUCAUCGACACUGGUUCUUCACACAUAAUAGACCUGCAUGAACGAACCUGCGCUCUGCCGGAGCAGUGCACUGAGAUGUCAAUCAACUAUGGCAAAGCCAGGAAGGCUGUCAACGUGCAGUGCUGCAGCACAGACCUCUGCAACAACCAAAUGGCAGCGAACCCCAGCAACAUCAGCCUGAAUGGUCGGAAAUGCUACCGCUGUGUUGGCCAAUAUUGUGACAUCACUAUGGACUGUCUGGGCUCUGAGGACUCCUGCUUCACCUUCACAGCCAGGUCCGGGGCUGUGACUCUCAAGGGCUGUGCCUCCAAGCUGGCGUGUGACCCUGUCGCCGGGUCAUUUCUGCUGAGAAAGCAUGGGGAAAAUGACACCAUGGAGUGCUGUCAGGAGGACUUCUGCAACAGCUCUCCUGCAGGUUCCUCUGCUGACUAAGCAGUUUCAGUGCCCCAACUCUUUCACCUUUGUGUCUAACUGCACCUUUGAUCUUGCGACAACGAUUGGGAUCAGCUCACUCACUUUGGUCGCUGCAUCGAAACCUGCCGUUGCAGGUUUUUGAUUUGCACCAAGCAUUUAAAAGCAGAGACAACAGGUCACGACGUGUCCAGUUGACAUGUUAGAGUUUUAUCGACUGAACAGCUUCAGACAAGUCGAAUGCUGUCCUCCGCUGUCACUUUACUUCUGCUGUUCUUCUCCUGCUUCGCAACAUUGGAAACACUCAAGAGAAUUGACAAUUUGGAGCGAAGGAUUCCCUGAAGAGCCACAACUUUUCAGUCAGUUGGACCUCACAAGACAUGAAAACAUGAUUGAUUAUUAUUUCAUUUUAUUUUUUACCCUUUACUCUAGAAGCAUAUUGCAUUCACUUGAAUAAAAAAAGUCUGAGUUUGUUUA